AUGGCUAGAAAAGGUGAACGUGUUUCUGUGAGUGAAGACGAUGACGAAGAUAUUUAUGACCCUAAAAGCAGGGGAUUCUGUCGUGCAUGUGUCGACUUGUCAAAGUUUGGUCUUACAAAAGCAAAGGAGAUGGUAUCCAAACCGAGUGUAGAGUGUCCGCCGGAUAAAAUUGAACUUGGAAAAGCAACAUGGACUUUGUUGCAUACAAUGGCAGCAUAUUACCCUAUACACCCGACAUUGAAACAACAAGAAGAUAUGAAGAAGUUUUUACAAAUUUUUCCUCAGUUCUUCCCAUGUCGACCAUGUGCUUAUGAUUUUGAGUCUAGUAAGUAUAAUAUACUUUUUUAA